UACAGAUCACAACGAACGAAAUAAACCAGAGCAUCGUUCUUCAAGCCAAGGACCCUUGUCAUCCAUUCGAGCGGUAAUCAAGAGAUCACUCAUGAAUAGUGCACAGCAAAAAUGCCCCGUGGAAGAGCUUCUCGGACUUCUAUACAGAGUGAGCUUCAUCGAGAUAGGAGGCGCCCGGAGAUCACCAUUGUGGCCGCUGAGCCACUGAGGCCAGCCUCGUGGUUUCCAGGAGCCCCAGCCCCAGGAUUGGCAUUUCCCCCACCCCCUGCCGCAGGCCCUUGGAGGCCCACUGAGCUGGGUCCUGCUGAGCUCCCACCAUCUUAUGAACAAGUCAUAAAAGAAAUCAACCAAGUUCAAGUUAAUACUACAAAUAACAAUAAUGCUGCUGCCUCUCCAAGGCACACUAUUACUUCUGCAACUCAGACUGACUUUUCAGAAGAAAUAGACAACCACCUGCCUCAAAGUAAUGCAACACUGCAGGCACCUCUCAAACCUCUUCAGCCUGCCCCAGGGGUUUCAGCCAGUGAUCUUCCCACAAAUGUGGCACCUUUAAUAGUCUUUGACAUUUCUGAGGAACACACUUGUCCAGAAAACUCCAAUGCUACAAGAUGUCCAGUGCCAAAACCAAGAUCAAAAAGCAACCUCAGACCAGUAGCCAGAGAUUCUCACAUUAAAGGGCAGAAUCUCCAGAAAAUCAGCUCAGCGGCCACCGAAGAGGAGUCAGCCCCAAGCCGACCUCAGUCUCUGUUGGACAAUACCAACGACUUGGACCGUCAGGCAGGGAUGAACAUUAUGAACACAGAACGAAGCCAAAAUAGUAUUGUUUCAAGGAUAAAAGCAUUGGAUAGUCAGACAAAUACUGAAACUUCUGAGCUGCCCAAGAAACCAGAGAUUGCUCCCCGCUCACUCCCCCCCAGGCCUGCUGUUCCCUCAGGGAAACCCUCUGUGGCUCCCAAACCAGCUGCUAACAGAGCUUCUGGAGAACUGGACUCCUGGAAUGAAAACAGACGCAAGGUGGCCUCAGGGCAAGGGCCCACCCCACACUCUCCACCGCAAGAAGUAGGGAGCAUCCCAAUAACCAAACCUGAAUUGCCAAAGAAACCAACCCCUGGCCUUACGCGAAGUGUUAAUCAUGAGACUCUGGGAGGAGGGCCUGUGGUUGAGAGCCCUGAUGGCAGGAAGAGAGUCCCAACUCCUGCUCCUCGACCUUUGCUGCCGAAGAAAUCAGUUUCCUCAGAAAACCCCGGCUGCCCUGCCACUUUGCUGAAACCAGUCACUGUUCCUCCCCGACCCCCAGUGGCAUCACAAGCCAAAGCAUUCAGGUCAUUGGGUGAAGGAGCCUCAGCCAACCCCGCAGCCCCAGGUCUGCAAAGCAAGCCUCUGGGGGACAUCGACCUCAUCAGCUUUGAUGAUGAUGUUUUACCCAUCCCGCCUGGGAAUGUGGUUGAAGACCCUCUUGGUUCAGAGAUGGCUCUGGAUCCCUUCCAGGUCCCCACAAAGACAGAACCAACAAAAGAACCAGCAGUUCAACCAGCACCCACCAGAAAGCCCACUGUGAUUCGAAUUCCAGCCAAACCAGGAAAAUGUUUACAUGAGGAUCCACAAAGCCCACCUCCUCUCCCUAUUGAGAAGCCUAUUGGAAACACUUACAGUACAGUAUCUGGAAAACCCAGUAAUGUUGACAGAACUAGAGACUUGGAAUCCGACCAGGCUGGUCAAAUGGGAGGCUCUGUGCGAGGACCCCCCAGGCUUCCACCAAGACCUAUAAAUGGAAAAGUCACACCAGCUCGACAGCCUCCUCCAAAGGGGGCCCCUGAAAGACCACCUCCCCCGAGAGUUUCUGCAACCAGAACAUCAAAUAAAAAACUGCCUUUUAAUCGGUCUUCUUCUGACAUGGAUCUUCAGAAAAAACAAAAUAAUAUGGCUUCCAGACUCACAAAAACCAAGAGUCAAUUUUUUAAAAGUGAAGAUCCGGUGCUACCUCCUCGCCCUAAACCAGGACACCCUCUCUACAGGAAAUACAUGGAUCCAAGCCACACUCAGAAGCCUGUUGACAGUAGUGCUCCUCAUGCUGUCAUUCUUCAUGAUUUUCCAGCAGAGCAAGAUGGUGAUUUGAAUCUCACUUCUGGAGAAAUUGUUUAUCUUCUGGAAAAAAUAGAUACAGAUUGGUACAGAGGGAAAUGUAGAAACCAGACUGGGGUAUUUCCUGCCAACCAUGUCAAAGUAAUUAUUGAUGUUCCAGAAGGAGGAAAUGGGAAAAGAGAAUCAGUUUCAUCUCAUUGUGUUAAUAAAGGUCCAAGAUGUGGCGCUCAGUUUGAAUAUAUUGGAGACCAGAAGGAUGUGCUAAGUUUCUUGGAGGGAGAAAGUAUUGUUCCUAAUGAGUAUGUGAAUGAAGAAUGGGCUGGAGGAGAACCUCGAGGCAGAACUAGGAUUUCCUCCCUUAACCUUGUGGAACUCGUUGAGGAUCAACCCACCUCUGGUACAAAUGUUUUCAGCACAAAGGUACCACUGAAGACCAAAAAAGAAGAUUCUGGAGCAAAUUCUCAGGGUAACAGUCUUUCUGGAGAAUGGUGUGAAGCUCUUCACAGUUUUACAGCAGAGACCAGUGAUGACUUACCCUUCAAGAGGGGAGAACGGAUCCUGAUCCUACAGCAGCUGGACUCUGACUGGUACAAGGGCAGACUGCGAGACAGGGAGGGGAUCUUCCCAGCAGUCUUUGUGCGGCCCUGCCCAGCUGACAUGAAAAGUAUGUCUCCUUUAGCACUGAAGGGGAGGAAGGCCAAAGCCUUGUAUGAUUUCCAUGGGGACAAUGAAGAUGAGCUUUCCUUCAAGGCUGGAGAUACAAUAACAGAGCUGGAAUCUGUAGACGAUGACUGGAUGAGUGGAGAACUAAUGGGGAAAUCUGGAAUAUUCCCCAAAAACUAUGUUCAGGUUUUACAAGUUGGCUAAAGGUGAAGCUUGACUGUGUCCCUUGGCACAAGAACUAUUACUUUGACUAUCAGAUAUGGUUUUUUUGCACUAUUUUUUAAACUGAAAGAAAUAUCUAUGCUGUAAUGGUACACUAGAAUUUUCUGAAAGUAGAAAAUGUCUGGAUUUCCUCACAGUAGAAACGUACACAUGAAAACCCAUGAGCAAGUAUUCUACCAAGGAAAACAUCAGCAGUAUGAGCAAGACAAUUAAACACUUCCCCAGGGAAAGUGCCUGGUGACAUGGCAGCACAAGGAGGCCUACGCGCAAAAGCUGUGCUUUUCUGUUUUCAUUAGCAAAAGUCAAUUAAACGUGCUUCUUCA